AAAAUGAAUAAAGCUAAAUACCAACUUUGCCCUUGAAUCAUCGCAUAUCAGAAACGCAGGUUCGAGUUGCAGCACUGAGCUCCACCGCCCACAAAACACCGCCGGAGCACGCCGUCAGCCGUCAGAAACACCGUCAAACUCGUCUAUAAGUUUUAGUUUAGUUGGUUUCAUUGGUGUACGCUAUAAGGAAGACUAAGGGAAUUCAUGGCAGGCAGUGGCCUGCCUUCUUUGGGACGUGUGAAGCUCGCGGAUUUAGUUCCUUCGGACGGGUUACCGUCUGAUUCGUAUAAAAUUUCAGUUUCGAUUUUAUCGCAAUCGCUAGCUCAAUUUUCAGCUGUGAUUAUUCAGUUUCCGUCAACGGAUGGUGCUCUUUUAAGAUCUGGUUUAGAAUCGGCUCGUUUGUAUUUCCAUCAGAGAGAAACGUAUCCGCCUGCAGAUAUAAUCCAUUCUGGCGAGUCGCAUGAUUGGUGUAAAACUUCUGGUUACUAUGCGGAUCCUCAUUUGUGGCAAGAAACGUAUGAUUAUAGACCGGGUUUAACUCCUUUGGAACAGAGUAACUCGAUUGAGUUGCCUCCUGCUGGUUUGUCGGAUAUGUUUUCUUUAUUUGGAAAAGCGGCAAGGGAUAUUUUGGAAGCGAUUGGCUUCCACUUGAAUUUACGCAGUUCUCCGUUUGUGGAAAUAUUGGAUAAUGUUCCCUUGAGAAAUCGGGAAAUUUCGUCUUCGGUUUUGUCUGUUUGCUGUCAUGCUAGGCCUUCAUUUCAAGGGCCACAACAUCAUGAUAUAGCUGCUACUCAAGAGGAUGGUCAGUUGCUUAUGUAUCCUGAUCAUGAUCAUCAAGUUGAUAAAAGCUUGAUAUCUCUUGUUAAGUCGGACAGAGCGGGUUUACAUGUUAAAGACUAUCAAGGUCGGUGGAUUCUUGUUGAUGGUGAUUUGGGGCCUCAAGAGGCUAUUGUUUAUCCCGGGCUUGCUCUUUAUCAAGCAACAGCGGGAUAUGUUAAUCCUGCGUUGCACAAAACUGAGAUCAAUAUGGAGACUAACAUGUAUGGGAGGUGUUCUUUAGGGUUCAAACUUUUGCCUAAAUCAAUGACUAGUCUUGAUUGUUCGGAAAUGAGAGCGGCCGGAUACGGAAUUGAAACUCAGUUCCAGCUUCCUGUUCCUGUUGAUGAUUUUAUGCAGCGAUCUCAUCCAACUGACCACCUUUUUAAUCGGCCUGCUUUUCAAUGCUUCAAUUUCCAACCAACACAUGACGGAUCCAUGAAGACUUUGAUACGGAGGAGGAAGCAAAAUCCUAAAAGCAAACCUCUGCCACCUUCCAAGAGGUUAAGGCUCGAAGCGCAGAGAGUUUUGAAAGAAAGAGUCCAAGACAUUGCAGAUAAGAAAGGCAUCAAGCUGCGCUUCUGUAAUAUCAAGGAAUGUGAAAGUCACUUUCACACCCUAGACAGCCCGUGUGCAAAUAUACGAAUGGAGAUAGGAUGGCCUCCUGGAGUACCAUUUGUCCAUCCCCAUGACUUGCCCAAUAAGGCAAAGCUGGGAUUUCUUGAAGCAUAUGAACCCGGUUGGACAGAAGCGCAUCAAAACAUAGACAGGAAUCAGUCCCCGUAGUAUCUAAUAUAUGGACAACAGGUGAUCAAGUUGUGAAGGUCUUCUGAGGAUAGACUUAUUGUUCUCUGUUGGCCUCUGAACUUAUUUAUGGCUAAGUUAUAGACUUUGUGCCUGCUUUAUUACAUGCCAUCGUGCAGAUUUUUGAACAGCUGAAAGAUAGUCGUGUGCUGCAUUGAAUUCUGUAGAUAUUUUGUUAUAAGGUGUCUUAGAGCUUCUUAGGAUUAUGAGACGAUCCAAUCAAAAUGAAGCACGUAGAGUCAGUUGGAAUUGAAAGCUCGUGCAGAUGGGGGUCUUACUGUCCAGAUCCAGAAUCUAUAAAUUAUGAGAAAACAACGUCAAGUUUAAGAAUAAUUACGAGCUUCUCUUACCCGUCGUGAUUAUGCACAAUCAUCUAUUAUUGCCUGGACGAAUGCAAUGACUGUUAUCGGGUCUCUGCAGCAUGUUUAAAUGUAAACAACCUUUUAUCCUAAGUUAUGUCAAGUAGAAACAAACUUAUUCAAUUUGUGUGAAUACCUGUAUUUUGAAACAAUGCUAUCUGAAUAUGUGGCUUAAUAUGUUUUCUUA